AUGGGUUAAUUAGUGAAUUUAUAUCAUUAUUUUUAUUCAUAUGUUUUUUACUUAGAAAAUAGUCAAGUUUGUUAUUUUACCUUACAAAAAUGGUAUCCAGAAUAUUAAAUAAAUGCUUUAGCACUUCCAAUUAAAUUCAACUUGUAAAUUGGAGCAAAUAUGGUUGGAAAUAGUUAGGAACAUGAAGUUUGCAUUAAUAAUAAAUAAAUUGUGAAUAAUCAUUGCUGUGUUGUGCUCAAUAAAGAAGAAAUAGAACUUAUAGUCUUAGAUGGCCCAGUUUUCUAUAAAAAUGCAGAGGGAGAUUUUGAAAAAUUGGCAAAGGAUUCUGUUCUUAGGUACAAUGAUUCGUUAAAUUAGUUUAAAUAUUGAAUCCGCGGAUUUUUUAAUUCGAUUAGGGUAAACUAUAGAAGCUAAAGUUCUAGUUACUGAUUGUAUACAAUAACCAUCUAUUCCAAAGUAAUUGGCUUAAAAGGAACAUCAUACAAAAGAAUCUAAAAAUGAAUCCUCAUAAUUUAAUUUGUAAGAUAGACUUUCUACUAUUGAGGUAAAAGUAGUUGAAAGUUUAUAUACUUCUCCAUAAAGUGAAUUAAAAUAUCACAAAUUUACUGAAGAUUAAGAAUAGAAUGAUAAAGAAUUAAUUUAACAUGAAAUUAUUGAUUCAGUUUCAAUUAAUUAAGAUUAAUCAAAUAAAAAAUAAAAUCAUUAAGAAAAUGAUUAGAAAAUAAAUAAUAAACCAGCAAAGUAGAAUAAAUCUAAUUAAAGAACAGAUUUAUAAUAAUUAAAUGAUUAUGAGUAAUAAAGUGAGACAUUAUCUCAUGGUACUCCUGAUUUUUAUAAUAAAAACUCAAAAGAUAAGAAAGGAAUAUAGAAUAAAACUAAAUAAAAGAAGAGCAAAUAAUCUACCAUAGAUUACUUAAUUAUGCCAUAAAGGAAGGAUAGAGAAAGUUCUCCAAAAAAUAAAAGUUAUCAUAAAUUAACAAAAGAUAUAAAAAAAGAAAGCAAUAGGAUGAGUUAAAGAAAAUGUAGCAGAUGGAAGUUGAAUGUAGCGUUUUCAGGAUUCCAUCCAAAUAGAGAGGAAUAAUAGUUUUUAUUAAUUCAGAACAUACAAAUAUGUUUAGAAGAUUAUACAUUUAAUAUGUUAAUUAUGGAAGAUAAUGUUUAAUUAAGAUCAAUUAAAUUAUUGAUUGCUUUAGCCAAAGGAAUUCCAAUUGUUUCUAGAGAUUGGUUAACUAGAUCAAUAAACUAAUAUGAAAUUCUUGAUCAUAAUUAGUAUUACGUCAAAUUUUCAACAGAGUUUUGUUAAGAAUACGAUUUUGAAUUUAAAUAAUAUUAAAAAAGACUCUAAAAUUGGUAAAUUAUAUAAAUUAAUAUGGAUAGUAGGUCAGCUAAAAUUCUGCCUCUAAAUGAUAUUAUAAUAUUUGUUCCAAAAAAAAUGAUCUACCACAUUGAACAUUUCGAAUUAGAAUAUUUAAUAGAUACUUUAGGUGGCAAAUUCGUAUAUUAGGUACAUGAUGAAAAGGCUAAAAUCUAUAUGUUAAUACCAAAAGAUUAAACUAAAAUUGUAGGAUAUGACCAUUACUUAUAAAGUCCGAUUGAAUGUUUAUUCAAGAGUGCAUUAAAAUAUAAAAAUCUCCUUUGA